AUGUUGGAUAAUCCUUAUCAAGUACUUGGCCUUUCGAAUGAUGCCUCUGACAGUGAAAUAAAGAAGGCCUAUCACAAGGCAGCUCUCAAGUAUCACCCGGAUCGUCGACAGGACAAGGAAAACAACGAACAGGAUGACGCCACUGAAAAGUGGGCUGCGAUAUCUGAAGCUCAUGAAAUCUUGACCGAUCCUGUCAAGCGCUAUGAUUGGCGACAGGAACAUGAAAACAGUGGCAGCCGAACAUCAAUAGCAAAAACAGCAACGCCAACGCCAACAAGAGCCAAGGCACCUUCUACUCCUUCUCGUGAGAGUCCCAGAGAUACUAGAGAACCUUCGGCUUCGCCAUCGCCAUCCACCUCUUAUCAUGACACAAAACCGGAGAGUUAUUCUCCGCAUCCCCGACGAACGCGACAGAGCCGUUCUCCACCCAGACGAAGUCGACAGCGACAGACUCAUUCUCCACCGAGACGAAAGCGACAGAGUUUUUCUCCGUCGGCUAUGAAAUCUCCCAGAGCAUCCGUUCGGUCAUCCUCAAGACGGCAUGCAAGUUCAUCCCCCGAAGGUCGGAGCAACCGAUUUGUGAGAGCCAACAGUGCCAAUAUACGAGUCAUGAAUUUCUAUCGCAAGUCACAGGCAGCACCAUCCUCAGCAGGAACGACCGCUCCAAAAAGGACUAUGGGACGCAUGUCACAGCAUCAGAUGCCACAGCCGCCACUGUCCGCAGGGGGCGGCUCUCAUCAGAGAAGAAGAAGAAGGCGCGUGUCACCUUUGCAGCAAAAGAUGCCACAACCGCCACUGUCAUCUUCCACCCACCGAUCAGUGCUGCAUGUACCCCAAGGUGCUACCGUGGAAACCCCCGAAGGCCGCCGGGUCGUACGACAAUCGGUACGACGAAAGAAAUCCCCCGCUCCGAAUAUGCCAGCAGCACCUCCAGUUUUCAAGGAGAAGAAGAGUAUUCAUCCACCAGCAGUGAACAGGAAUACCUUGGAUCAUGGCAGUGCUACUAGUACCACGACCACCCAUCGCAAACAAACUCAUCAUAGGAAAAGUGAACCAGCAUUUAUGACUCGCAAUUAUAAGAAGCAGGAUGGUUCCUUGAACGGCACCCCUCGCAAAAAGCAUAGGGAACGAAAAAGUCUUUUUGGAAUCAACUUGGGCGUUCGGAAGGUAUCAAAUCAUAAUGACAGUGAAGAUUAA